AGACUUCGAGUACCAGCAGAAGAAGGAAGCUAAUUAAAAAAAAAAAUCUGACUUGAAUAUCCAUGGCAGCGGCGUCAACGGCGAUUCUGCUCAUGGCCCUCCGAUCGGAGAGUCGGAAAUCCAACGGUUCUGUUCCCCUUUUACUCCCUAAACCCACUUGGGUUGUCAGAACCGAGUCAAAUGUUGGGCGAAAGAUAAUGAAGAAGCCUGAUCCACCAUGUGUUGUCUGCAAGGGGAACGGCAGAGUGGAUUGCUAUAAUUGUUACGGAAGAGGAAGGACAAACCAUGUUCAUGUAGAGAUGCUUCCCAAAGGAGAAUGGCCAAAAUGGUGCAAGAGUUGUGGUGGCAGUGGCCUCAGCUACUGCUCUCGUUGCCUUGGAACAGGAGAAUACAGGUAUAUAAUAGGCUUCAAUUUCAUGAAGCGAGAUGAUGAUGGCACCCAAGGUACCAAGUAUCAGAUUAAAGGUGACCGUGAUUCACAGAGUACAGCCGAUCGGUUGCUUCAUCAUGAACAGACUGAUGAUUCAGAUAAUUAGAUAUAGAGGAAGGAAACAAACAUGCAUGACUACAAUCAAGUCUGAUGAGAUUCCCAUAGCAAGUUUGUAACCCAAGUAGUGAUUGGAUGUUGUCCAUGACUUCUCAUUUGGCUAUGCAAGUACUUAAAUUGAUUAAAAGAAAACAUUUACUUUUAUUAACACUGGAAAUUCCAUUACAUUUUUUUAUUUAAAACCAAAUACAACCAUAUACAAACACAUAAUCCGAGGAAAAAAAUAAUAGCAUUCGAUUGCUGGAUUUCAUUCAUUCCAACUUCUGUGAAUA